UUUUCAAAAGAAGGGUGUGACUUGUUUUAAGGAGACAAGAGGGGAAGAUUUGGAAGAUGAUUUCGGAAGUUACUUCAUGCUUCCAGAGCGGCUCUCAGGGAUUGCAGAUGUAUGGGGUUGGGGUGGCUGAUGAUGUGAUAUCCUCUUCUCUGGAAGACAGUUCAGUUGCAGAAACCCAGUCCAGCGCUCUCCUCUACAGCCUCUCCGUUCUCAGGGACAAGGUUCAUCAGGUGCAAUCCUUGGUCAGUCUCGUCAUCUCCCCCAAUAAUCAAGCCCAACCUGAAUCCACCGCCAUGGCCAUAGCCGGUAUGGGCACCCUUAUUCAAGAGAUAAUCGUUACUGCUUCUUCUAUGAUGUUCACUUGUCAACAGAUGGCUCUUGGCUCUACUACGGUGAAUAAUAGCAGCUGCCAUGAAUUGCACCAGCAUCAGCACGUUAAGGCUUCACCCGGCGGCGUGCUGCCUCAACCCACCGGCACCGGCGGUCGGGAGGUUCAGAUGGGAGAAGGAAGUGAUCAACGAGGAUUCUUUGCCGCCGGUCAGCAACAUCUUGAUUGGUAUGGUGAUAACUAUAACAGUAACACUAACAAUAGCAGUAACAACAAUGUUAAACCCGGUAUCACCAUUAGCAAUAGCAACACCACCACCACUUACAACAACGAUGUGGGAGAGAAGGAAUUGCCAAAUGGGGUUGAGAGCGAUGGUGGGUUGCAUGAUUUCUCGCCCAAGAACUGUGAUAUCAUCGAGUUGGAGGCAGCAGAUCUUCUGGCCAAAUUCACACAUUAUUGCCAUGUCUGUGGGAAAGGAUUCAAGCGGGACGCCAAUCUGAGAAUGCACAUGAGGGCACAUGGGGAUGAGUAUAAGACCAGUGCUGCUCUGAGCAACCCCAUGAAGAAUGUGAGCAAUUCAUCAAUGGGAUACAAAGGAUACUCCAUGAAAUUGCCCAAGAAAUAUUCAUGCCCACAUGAAGGCUGCAGGUGGAACAAGAAGCACGCCAAGUUUCAACCCUUGAAAUCCAUGAUCUGUGCGAAGAAUCACUACAAAAGGAGCCAUUGCCCCAAGAUGUACGUCUGCAACAGAUGCAACCAGAAGCAGUUCUCCGUGCUGUCCGACCUCCGCACCCAUGAGAAGCACUGUGGAGAACUCAAGUGGCAGUGUACAUGUGGGACGACCUUCUCCAGGAAAGACAAGCUCAUGGGUCACGUUGCUUUGUUCGUCGGCCAUGCCCCAGCAGUGAAUUCAAUGAUGAAGCAAGGAAAAUUGGAUCAUCAUCAUCAUCAUCAUCAGGCCGUGCAAAUCCAGUGAAACAGGAGGUGAAGACUGAAGAUGAUGGGGGGGCUGGAAACCAUCAGAUAAAUUAAUUAAGGUGCCCGAGAUUUUAUUCAUGGUUUUGAGGUUUACAGUCCUCAUCAAUCCAAUCCAUAGGUCUUGUGCUUUAUUGUAUAUUCACCGUCACCGAUCGACGUUCAGCUUGUGAAUUUGCUUAUUACAUUAGAUGAUGAGUUUCUUGGAGAUGCUAGUAGCUCUAGUGUUUUUUGAAAGGGA